AUUAGACCACCCCACUUAAAAAAAAACGCUUGUCACUCAUCUUCAAGUGUAUUUGUGCGCUCACAAAAGUCACAUUUGCGGUUGCAUGUGAGCUCACUGACACGAACACUCCUGUCAGUGUCGGCUCUUACACGCAGCCCCCCCUUUCUCCUCCCAAUCUCUCUUCCCCGUGACACCCAUAACGUAGCACGUAGCAUAUAAAACCAACCCAAAACCCACGCUCAUACACACGUUUGAGUCAUUUGACACUCCCAAAAAAAACCACCCCAUCAAAGUUCAAACCCACAAAAAAUGAACCUUUCACUUGCCCAUCUCGUCCUUGCUCUUCUCCUCACCAAAUUCCCAAGCUUUGCAACAAGCUCACAUGACUACCAAGACGCAUUAUCAAAGGCAAUCUUGUUCUUUGAGGGCCAACGCUCUGGUUAUUUGCCACAAGACCAAAGAAUCACUUGGCGUGCCAACUCGGGCCUAAGUGAUGGUUGGAUGUACAACUAUGACUUAUCUGGUGGGUACUAUGAUGCUGGUGACAACGUAAAGUUUGGUUUCCCUAUGGCUUUCACAACAACAUUGUUGGCUUGGAGUGUGAUCGAGUUCGGUGAUUCCAUGCCAAACAGUGAGCUGAGGAAUUCUAUGGUGGCAAUUCGUUGGGCCACUGAUUAUUUGCUCAAGUCUGUGUCUCAGCUGCCGAACCGGAUUUUUGUGCAGGUUGGGGAUCCAAACAUAGACCAUAGUUGUUGGGAAAGACCAGAAGAUAUGGACACAGCCAGGACAGUUUAUGCCGUUGAUGCACCAAAUCCAGCUUCUGAUGUUGCUGGAGAGACAGCAGCAGCUCUAGCAGCUUCAUCAAUAGCAUUCCGAUCAUCGGACCCCGGAUACUCUGACACCUUGUUACGAAAUGCCAUCAAAGCUUUUCAAUUUGCAGAUAAUUAUAGAGGAGCUUACAGUGAUAAUUCAAAUAUUAGAGAUGGUGUCUGCCCAUUUUAUUGCGAUUUUGAUGGUUAUCAAGAUGAGUUGCUAUGGGGAGCAGCAUGGCUAAGGAAGGCUACACAGGAUGAUACUUACCUCAAUUACAUAGAAAGCAAUGGCAAAACCCUUGGUGCCGAUGAGAAUAUCAAUGAAUUUGGGUGGGACAACAAGCAUGCUGGCCUUAACGUUUUAGUCUCUAAGGAAGUCAUAGAAGGAAAUAUGUACUCUCUCCAAUCAUACAAAGCCUCUGCUGAUAGCUUCAUGUGCACUCUCAUACCCGAAUCAUCAUCUUCGCACAUAGAUUACACUCCUGGUGGACUCCUAUACAGGCCUGGAGGUAGCAACAUGCAACAUUCAACAUCAAUUGCUUUCAUUUCAUUAGUCUAUGCCAAUUACCUAGCUCGAACAUCACAAGCUAUUAAUUGUGGAAACAUAUAUGUUACUCCAACCACACUACGCCAACAGGCUAAGAGGCAAGUUGAUUAUAUUCUAGGUGAUAACCCUAAGGGUUUAUCAUAUAUGGUUGGAUUUAGUGACUACUAUCCACAGCGUAUUCACCAUCGUGGCUCAUCUUUACCAUCCAUUAAGGACUAUCCCCAAUUCAUUGCUUGCAAGGAUGGUUCAAUAUACUUCAACUCAACAAAUCCUAAUCCAAAUGUCUUGGUUGGGGCUGUUGUGGGAGGACCAGGAGAAGAUGAUAUCUAUGAGGAUGAUCGAGUUGAUUUUAAGAAGUCGGAGCCCACGACUUACAUUAAUGCACCAUUAGUCGGGGCAUUAGCAUACUUGGCUGCUAAUCCCAACCCUAGUUAAGAAAAAUACCUGUCAUUUUUUGUAUAUAAAUUCGGAACUCUCAGCAAUUGAGAAUGGGGAAAAGAUGCCUCUCAUCUUGGGCAAAGAAGAGGGAAGAGGCUUGAUAAUUUGUUUGAUUCUUGAGUUGUGUGAUUUUCUUGUCACAAAAGCUUGUUGUGACCUUUUAUAUAAGGAUAAUGUGAGAAGCUUAAUGGCUUCUCGAGAUCAAUGACAUUGUCUACAUUUUGUUUCUUCA